ACUUGAGGAAAGAAAUUUUGAAGUGGUGGUAUGUGGUUAAUCAAAUAUGUUUCGCCAUCGAAACCUGCAGAUUAAUUUGUCUGCAAAGCGAAAUAAAAAUAUUACUAAACAAUUCCAAAAAGAAAGCAAAUUUUCGUCAAAAGUUUGUUAUUAUUGACAGAGAGGCAUGGAUCGCGCUGGUAUUUAUUUUAUUGAUAAAGACGAUGAAAACACUUACGAUUUCGAUGAAACAUUACCACCUUUGCCAUUACCGGACUUGAAGGAUACAUUGCAGCGCUACUAUGAGACCCUGAAGCCAUUCGGUACACCGGAAGAGUUGGCCAAUUCACGUCAAGUGAUAGAAAAAUUUGAGAAGGGCAUAGGCAAGGAAUUACAUGCGAAGUUAAAGCAACGCGCUUCAAAAAUGAAGAAUUGGUUGGAUGAGUGGUGGGACUCGUAUGGUUAUCACAUGCUACGUUUUCCAUUGAAUCCUUAUAUUGUUAUGGCGAUGCCUUUACGUUUAGAAUUACUUGGUAUACCAGAAACAUCAGAGAAUUUCCUAAAGAAUUAUGCACGAAUCAUAUAUCAUACCGCCCAGUUUUGGGAUCUGUUGCGUAAAGCAAAAAUCAAGCCACUGUCUUCAAAUGGUGGCAAAAUCAAAUAUUCAUCAGCGCUAUAUAAACGUUUCUUCUCCACAACACGUGUACCAGGUGUGGAAAUAGAUCAUAUUGAAGGACAUUUCAAAAUUGUCUCUGAGGGUAAAACGCCUACACAUGUGUUGAUUAGUGGCAGGGGACGACUUUUUAUGUUUGAAUGCGUAGAUGCCGAUGAUAAUUUAAUAACACCACAGCAAAUACUUGUUAUGCUGCAACGUGUACGCACCAUCAUAAAUGUUGAACCUUUAGGAGACUGUGUACCAGUGUUGACGCAUGACGAACGCACCACAUGGGCUAAUAAUCGCCAGCAGUUGAAAGAACUUUCACCCGCUAAUGCAGAUACUUUAAAGUUAAUUGAAAGUUCUAGUAUUGUAAUCGCACUUGAUGAACAUGAGCCCAGAAAUUAUGAGGAAGUGUCACAAUUUGCGGUAACUGGUGAUUUUCAUUCGAAAUGGGGAGAUCGCAGUAGUACUUGUAUUGGGUACAAGAAUGGCCGAUUUUCGCUCGUUGGUGAACAUUCUUGCUACGAUGGUACAGUCAGUGUGAGUUAUGCAUUAUUUAUACAAUUAAGUUUAUUUGAGGAGCCUGAACCAGAUUGGUCAUUAACAGAAACUGGUCCUUUGGUUGGCAUAACAGAACUUAAUUUUGAUUUAAAUGAUACGCUGAAGCAGGAAAUUAAACGUGUAAUGGCAGAUUGUGAACAAAGACGUACUGAUGUUAUUAUUACACAUGAAGUAUUUGAUGAAUAUGCUAAGGAGAAUAUAAAAUCCUGGAAACUUCACCCGGAUUCAUUUGUGCAAGUUGUAGUGCAAUUGGCUUAUGCAUUAAUGCACGAUGAAAUUGCGCCCAUAUACGAAACAGCACUUAUGCGUCACUAUUACAAUGGACGUACGGAAACUUUAAGAUCGUGUACAUCUGAAGUAUAUAAAUUUCUUAAAACCUUCAGAAAUCCAAAGUCAACUAACGCAGAAAUUGUUAACGAUUUCCGUAAUGCUGUUGAACAUCAUAAAUUUAUGAUGAAUGAAGCUCGAAAAGGUCAUGGCGUAGAUCGACAUUUAUUCGGUUUAUGGUGUAUAGCCUAUGAAAAUAAAAUAGAUAUCCCUGAAUUCUAUGAGGAUCCAUUAUAUGCAAAAAGUGGUGGUGGUGGUAAUUUUGUACUAUCUACUAGCACGCUGGGCUUUACGGCAAAUGUUGGUUUUGUUGCGCCCAUGACACUUGAUGGGUAUGGAGUAUUCUAUUCCAUAACAUCGGAUGCUAUUUAUAUCUCAACUACUGUAUUGCGGGAUAGUACUAAAACGAGCGCUCAUAAAUUUAAUGCUACAUUCAUGGAUACUUUCCGUAAAAUAAGAACACUUCUGGACGAUGCACAAAAUUCAAAAUUAUAAAUUACUGUUGGUAAUUGAAGGUGUUACGGAUUGAAAUUAAUAUAUCUUAAUUUAAAUGAAUAUAACAACGUUUUUAUCUAAGUCAAUGCAUUGUAUGUAAGUAUGUAUAAGCUAUAAAGAAGUCAUUUUUCUAAAG